ACUGGGUUAUCCUGGAAAAUAAGAAAUAAGUUUCCUUGGCCUAAAAGUUUCACGUGUGUGUCGAGUGGAAAAAAUCAUGUCUUACAAAUCUUUGAAGACCACAAUGUCGCUUAAAACAUAAACUAAACUGGGGAAAGUUAUGGCACAUUCAUUAUUUCGUGCUGCCAUCCGCGGUUUUUCACAGAAGGUGAAUCAGAGUUGUGCUCUAAACUUAUCAAAUGAGAAAUCGGCAACAUGUAUACUUUCAAGGCAGAAAUUGUUUAGAUCAAGUGUCAAGAAUUGCAGAUGUUUGGCAACUUUCAGUAAAAAAGAGCUGAGAGAGGAAGAAAAGACAAGUGAUGAUGCAAAAUCUCCAAAAGAGGUAGUACUUGAUGUUGAUCUAACCAUAAAGAAGCUGGCAAAAAAGAUUGGCACUUCUACAGGAUCUAUUAUGAAACUUUUAAAAGAUGCUGGAGAGGAAAUUGAUAAAGGUGUUCACACGACUUUGGAUCUGGAUAUCGCAGAGUUUGUUGCACUGGAAUUCGGUUUUCAACCAAUUCUGCCUGAUAUUGAUUCUUGGGAAAAACUUCUCUGUAGAGAAAUACCCACUAGCUCGACUACCCUCCAUCCCCGACCCCCUGUUGUCACCAUUAUGGGCCAUGUUGAUCAUGGAAAGACAACCCUAUUGGAUAAGCUGCGAAAAACUGCUGUUGCUGAGCAUGAAGCUGGUGGUAUUACCCAACACAUUGGCGCCUUUUCAGUGAAUCUUCCUUCUGGUAAAACAAUAUCAUUUAUCGACACUCCCGGACAUGCUGCAUUCAACGCAAUGAGAGGUCGUGGUGCUCGAGUAACGGAUAUAGUUGUCCUUGUAAUUUCUGCUGAAGAUGGUGUCAAAGAGCAGACUUUAGAAUGCAUUAAACACGCUAAAGAAGCUAAAGUUCCCAUUAUUGUUGCGAUAAACAAAGUCGACAAAGGCAGGGCUAACCCGGCUAAGGUGAAGCAAGAACUACUACAAUAUGGAAUUCAGCUCGAAGAAUUUGGUGGCGAUGUUCCAGCAGUAGAAAUAUCUGCUUUAAAGGAUGUGAAUCUCGAUUUAUUAGAAGAGAUGAUCAUAGCUCAAGCGGAAAUAUCUGAAUUGAGAGCUAAAAGUUCAGGAUUUGCGCAAGGUGUUGUUCUCGAAGCACAAACCCAUCGACAGAAAGGAAUGAUAGCAUCAGUUUUGGUGCAGAACGGAAAGCUCCUUCGUGGGGACAGUAUUGUUGCUGGAAAUGCGUUUGCAAAGGUACGUCAAUUGCUUAGUGACAACGGAAAGCCUCUAACUGAAGCAACUCCUUCCACUCCUGUGCAAAUAUUAGGAUGGAGAAAGCUACCUACGCUAGGUGAUCAGUUCAUGGCGGUCGAAUCUGAGGAUAUUGCAAAAAAGAUUAUCAAGCUUAAUGAAAUUAAGGAAAGACGGCAAAAGGAAGUUGAAUUUCGGUUGCAAGAUGAAAAUUUGCAUACUCUGGGAAAAAUCAAGGCGAAGGUGGAAUCUGGGAGUCGGAAGAUACCAAUGAGAGUAAAGCUAAGACGCGAGGCUGCAUCUCAAAGCUAUUCAAACUCUGAAAAUGAUAAGCCUAUCCUGAGCUUGGUAAUUAAAGCUGACUAUGGAGGGUCAUUGGAGGCAAUUUUGGAUAUAUUGAAAGCAUUCAAAUCAGAAAUGAUUGAUCUGGAAGUCGUGAGUUCUGGUUUUGGACAGAUUACCGAAGGAGACAUAAACCUAGCUGAUGCUGUCAAAGGUAUAGUUUAUGGAUUCAACGUUACUGCCAGUAAAGAGGUAGAGCAGCUUUCUAAUCGAGUUGGCAUUCCUAUCAAGAAGCACAAUGUUAUUUAUAAGCUUGUUGACGACAUAAAGGAAGAAAUUUCUUCGAAGCUUCCAGAACAAACGGUAGAGCACAUAUUAGGCGAGGCAAACGUAUUACAAGUGUUUGUUUUGACUGGCCAGAAGAAGGCUGCAGUUGCAGGUUGCCGUGUUAAAAAAGGAAGUUUGACUGUGGAAAAAGAUGUCGUAUGGAGGGUUAUUCGUGAUGAAGUGGUCUUGCAUGAAGGUCCUCUUGUAUCCUUGAAGUACGGGAAGCAAGAUAUAGCACUGGCAAAGAAAGAAACUGAAUGCGGUGUUGUACUGCGAAAUUUCACUGACUUUGAAGCUGAUGAUAAAAUUCAAUGUAUAAAGAUAAGUUACGUUAAGCAGCAACUUGAUUUUAAUAAUUUGCAGGAUUAGUUAUAGUAAUUUGGAAGAUAAUUUUCGUUCAAGGCCUCUUCGUCUGAUCAUAGUCUGAUGCUUGUUUUGUCAUUUUACCAGUAAGUGCAAUUUCGAUAAAAUAGCACAACCAUUCCUUCACCAAUACUGUGCCAAAUAGCCCUGGAGAAAGUCGACAAGAUUAAACGUGAAACAGAUGGCCUACUUUUUGCCCAGUGUCCAGCUAAAGCAAGCAACUCUGCGGGCGUUUUCAGAAACAUGUGAUUUUUCAUGUCAUCGUCCCAGCCAUUAGAGUCGUUCUGUUUAUCUACCCUGCUGCGGAGUUAGCUUUUCAAGUUAGCAGUUUUGCAUCGCAAGAAUACUGACCAAUCGCAAACCGUUAUUUUGAUGUCACUUGACAUGUUGGGUAUACGCAGUCCUUUUAUAUGGACACAUUACCUUUAAAGAGUCACUGCUAACAAUGAGCCAUUGCGCUACGUAAGCAUCCCAUAAUGCAUUUUCAGACUGUCUAAAAUCAAUUACUGCCAUUGUUUGGACCAUCGCCACGCUCGCAAAGGCCCAUUGUUAGCAAUGAGUCUUUAAGGCAGUAGACAAAUCCUAAAGUGGCUUAAGCCAACCACCAAUCAACAGCAAGCCAAAUAAAAGAUCGUUGUCAUCAUAAAAGUCAAUUUUUUAGUUAUAAAAUAUGUUUAUCGUUGACAUUUGACAUCCGCUACUUGAUAUUCGACAUUUGAGUGGUUCUUUUUUCAAUUAUGUGAGCAACAAUUCACAGCAGAUUAACAGCACCAGCAACAAUAGACAUGGUACUGUAAAAAUCAAUAAUGUACAAUCAGAGUAACAAAUCAAAUUAUGGAGUUUCGAUUCAGUUUACAGAAGAAUUUGUAAUUUUUCCUAAAUGUUUUUCUUGCAAAUUUGGCAACAUUUACUGCUAAGUUGUCGUGUUUACUUUUUCUCAUCUAAGAAUCAAAUUUAUUAUUAGAUGGAUAUGGGGUAAAAUAAUCAGGCGGAUGCUGUUUAUUGAAUCUUUCAUUCAAGUGGGGUUGCAUUAUUGCAUGAUGCUCAUUUCCAGUUUCACGAUACUCAUAAGAAAUCAAUAGAGGUGGUACUCGCUAAAAGUUCAGAUAACCUAAAAACGUACAUGAGAUAAGAUGAAAU